CUUCAUUCUUCCAGAAACGCUCGACGAGACGAGUCGAGUCAGCUCUCUCUCUCGCCUAUUAAAUUUUGGCACGACCAAUUUUCAAUCAUCUUUUCUCAUUCCAAUCAAUAAACUUAAUAAAACACCUUAAUUAAAUUAAGCAUCGUUUAAUUAAUCUCCGUCUUUACCUCAGUAUAAACAAUGAAGUUUACAAAAUAAGUAAGUUUUAAAUCAAACAGGCCACGAAUUAAAGUCUAAGGGCACAUCAAUCAAUUCAUCUAGUUCGAGAGCCAGUCAUAGUUUGGAUUCGUGAUAAAAAGAAUCAAUGAAGAAGAACAUGGAUACCAGUAUCGGUGUGAAUUUGAGGGUGACAGCUCACUCAAAUCAAGGUGGGCGUAAGUACAUGGAGGAUAUGUUUUGCGUGGCGUACCAGCCCACGGCGGAUGAUCGUGACCUGCUCUACGCCUAUUUUGGCAUCUUCGACGGUCAUGGAGGGAGAGAAGCCGCGCUAUAUGCAAAACAUCACUUAAUGGAUGAAAUUGUUCAGCAAAAGAAUUUCUGGUCGGAUGACGAUGAACUCGUAUUGAAGGCAAUUCACGACGGUUUCUUGAGCACUCAUCAGGGAAUGUGGAAAGAACAGGAAAAAUGGCCCAAAACUACUUCUGGACUCCCAUCAACUUCAGGAACGACAGCAAGUAUAGCUUUCGUGAGGAGGGGAAAAUUAUACAUUGGUCAUGUUGGCGAUUCUGGAAUUGUGAUGGGCUAUGAAGACCCAGAGACUGGUUUUUGGCGUGCAAAGCCUUUGACGAAAGAUCAUAAGCCCGAAAGUCCGGCUGAGAUGAGCAGAAUAAAUGAAGCUGGCGGCAAAGUUAUAGUCAAGUCUGGAGUUCCGAGGGUCGUCUGGAAUCGCCCACGAUUAGGUCACAAAGGCCCAGUUCGUAGAUCUACUCACAUUGACGAAAUCCCAUUCCUGGCUGUGGCCAGAUCUCUUGGUGACUUGUGGAGUUAUAACUCAGAGACGGACGAGUUCGUCGUGUCACCUGAACCAGAUGUUUCCGUUGUUGAUAUUGAUAUCCAUAGCCACCGUUGCUUAAUUCUUGGGACUGAUGGUUUAUGGAACAUGCUAUCCCCACAGGACGCGGUGAAUAGCGUAUACUUUGCCGAGAAGAACAAUGAACGACAGCCACAACCAGUCCACGGGUCAACAGAUCUCUCAAAAAGUUGGAUUAACCCUUCUAAGCGACUUGUGGACCGGUCUCUCGAUCGAUGGCUGCAAAACAAUCUUCGUGCAGACAAUACCUCUGUAGUAACUGUGGUGGUAGAUCCUCCUGGACCGCCAAAGGUCCCAGUGACAUCGCCGGUUGGAAUUUCGCGAUACGUCCCACAGAAACUAAUGGUGCCCGUAUCAACCCCAAAAGAAAAAGUUAGUACUCCUGGUGCUGUUGAUCAACCAUGCUCUUCAUCAGCGUCUGUAGUUCAGCCAUCGGCUCGAAUACCGUCGAUUUCUCACCCCCGUGUGAUUGCUAAAACAACGACCGGUAAUAGCACUGCUAAAGCUUCCCGUACCAAGGGCAAAGUGCAAAAGAGCCCAUCAUCCACGUUGCCAGCAGAGGCUACUAGCAACGAGCUGAGCUCAGCUACUGUGAUGUCAAGUCCCGAAGUGGCUCCUAAUUCCCCACCUCUAGCGCCUUCGCGAUGGAAACAUAUUCCCAGAACGUCUCCGGUAAACAGUCUCGCAAGUAAUACAAGCCACCUGAUUAGUCGUCAAGAUUCUGGCACUACGGAUGAUGUUCAAAUCCAUGAAAUCUCGUCAUCAAGUGAAUCUACGAAAUCCAUUGAACAAGCCAAGAAUAAAAAGAAACGUAAAGCUAGUAAGCGCAGUCGCAGCAGCCGGGGUGAGGAUGUUCCAAAGGAAAAGGAGGCUCGUACUGAAGAAUCUGUUGAUAGGAGACCAACAACUCGAAAUUCCACUUUGCCAGUACUCUCACUUCCCAUCCCAAAGAGACUCCGGGUGGCACCACCCUCUCCAAAUCGAUCAUCAUCAUCAUCUGUUACCUCAGACAGCUUGUAUACUCGAAGCACUAGAAAUUCCCGUCCCGCAAGACCUCUUCUCGGAAUCACACCAAGUCCUGUACUCGAUGGACCACGUCUUGUUCAUCGUGUGAUUGAAAGACCUCUCCACUCUCAUGGGCUUGGGGAAAAUUGGGUAUCACCUAAUGGUACUAGGUACCCCACGAGUCGCUUUGAUUGGGAAACUUUGACAGAAGUAACACCAGCUCCAGUGCGUUGCUCCAGAAAUUUGGCAGUAUCACCUACGCGGUCCGCCGUGAGUUGCUCUGGAAAGAAAAAGUUGGCAGUAUCACCUACUCGGUCUACCCGGAGUUGCUCCAGAAAGAGAAAUUUGGCAGUAUCGCCUACUCGGUCCGCCGUGAGUUCCUCCAGAAAGAGAAAGUUGGCAGUAUCACCUACUCGGUCCGCCGUGGGUUGCUCCAGAAACAAAAAGUUGGCAGUAUCACCUACUCGGUCUACCCGGAGUUCUGGAAAGAAAAAGUUGGCAGUAUCACCUACUCGGUCCGCCGUGAGUUACUCUGGAAUGAAAAAGUUGGCAGUAUCACCUACUCGGUCCGCCGUGAGUUACUCUGGAACGAAAAAGUUGGCAGUAUCACCUACUCGGUCUGCCGUGAGUUACUCUGGAAAGAGAAAGUUGGCAGUAUCACCUACUCGGUCUACCCGGAGUUGUUCUGCAAGGACGAAGUUGGCAGUAUCACCUACCCGGUCCGUCGUGAGUUCGACGAGAAAAUCAAAAUCGACCAAAAAAGCUGCAAUUCCUCCUGCUGUCCCAACAAUUGUUCCAGUGGUCUCAACUUCAACAGCUGCUGCACAAUCAAAGCCAAUGCAGGUUAAAGACAAGACGACGGCGAGUAAAUCACCUCAACGAGGGCAAGUCUUUAAGGGACAAGCCACAAAGAAAAGAGCAUCGGCCGCUUCGAUGUCACCAAGGAAGGUAGCUGAUGAUUUUCUCCCUUCCCAAUGCACUCGUUCCAUGACCCGUUGUCUGAGAAAGAAAUAAAAAGGGUGUUGAGUUAUACAUGUUGCAAAAAAUCUUAAAUGAACAAGCCUAGCGUACCCGUUGUUAGUACAGGUAUUAUUAUUGACUUGUAUAUUGUACAACAAUCUAGUGAAAAUGAGCAGAAAUGCUCAUAUCUUCUUGUAGCUAUUUUAGCGUAAAUUAAUAUUAACCUAUGAUAAUAUAUAAUUCAAUAAAAUACUAUUAUUGUCCAUACUUGUUGUCGCAAAAAAAAUCCAAUAUGAAAUAAUAUAUUAUACCCUUGUUGACAGUUUUGUUUAAA